AUGAGCCACAUGGGCAUUGAGUGCACCUUGGACCUCAUCCGAAAUCGUUUUUACUGGCCACGAAUGGCCAAUGAUGUGCAGACCAAGCCAGCCCACAGCCACUCUGAAUAUGUCCAGAAGCUGAGGUCACACUUGGCGAAAAGCUACCAGCUUGCUUCUGAAAAUGCUGAGAAAUCGAUGCAGAAGAACAAAGCACGUUUCGAUCGAAAUGUCACUGCAUCUGAGCUGGAAGUGGGAGAUCGUGUGCUCGUCCGCAAUGUUCGACUAAGUGGAAAGCACAAGAUUGCUGACAAAUGGGAGCCCAAUAUCUACAUGCUACGAAAAUGUGUGGACACGUACAGAAAUUUGUUCAUAUUUUCCAUGGAAAAUAUGAGGAAUAACAAACUGAAAGACAUCAGAACAGCCUGGAAACACAGCAGAUUCUUCUUUGGCAAAAAUAAAGUCAUGAUUGUUGCUUUGGGAAAAGGAGAUACGGAUGAAUAUAAAGAUAAUUUGCAUAAGGUGACCAGAUAUCUGCGAGGGGAAGUCGGAAUCCUCUUCACCAACAAAACAAAAGAUGAAGUUCAAGAUUCUCAUAGAGUGGAGACUCUGCUGAAGGACCACCAAGUCUGCAAGGAGGGAGACGUGUUGACGCCGGAGCAGGCUCGUAUUCUGAAACUCUUUGCUAUUGAGAUGGCAGAGUUCAAGGUGCAGAUUAAAUGUAUGUGGAACUCGGAAACGAGCGAGUUUGAGAUGUUUGCGGAGGAGGAGCCUGUACAGGAUGAAGACGUUGAGGAAGAGGACGAUGAUGCAGAGUGA